CAGCCGUUUGCCUGACAGCCCCGUGUGCUCUUUCUCGCAGCUCAGAAGUGACCUGCAGCUCCUGAGGCGCAGGAAGAUGAACUGAAGAUGUUGCUGCCCGGGGAGAGCGUGGCCUGAAGCCCCAAGACGCAGACCACCGCGAGGGCCGCACAGCAUGACCAGGUGAAGGCAGAGUAUGCCCAGCGUGGCCGCAGACUUGCUGUGGUGACCAGGCCACGCGAUUUGGCGUGAAGGAGAAACUCCAGCCCCGCGCCAAGCUGGAGAACCUAGAACAGGUCCUGAAGCACAUGCGUGAGGCUGCAGAGCGGAGGCAGCAGUUGGAGUUGGAGCAUGAGCAGGCCCUGGCCGUCCUCAACGCCAAGCAGCAGGAGAUCGAGCUACUGCAGAAGGCUCAGGUUGAAGCUAAGAAGGAGCACGAGGGGGCCGUGCAGCUGCUAGAGUGCAGGGUCCGAGAGCUGGAGGAGAAAUGCCGGACGCAGAGUGAGCAGUUCCACCUGCUGUCCCGGGACCUGGAGAAGUUCCGGCAGCACGCCGGGAAGAUUGACCUGCUGGGCAGCAGUGUGGUGGCCUCGCUGGACGUCCCUGGGGUCCCUGGCAAGGCUUUCCCGCAGUCCAUGAACGGACUCGCCACCUCCAUCGGCAAGGGUCACGAGGGAUCUGCUGGCCAUUACUCUGUGACUAGCGACCACACCCCACUCCCCAGGGUCAAGCCAGAGCCCCUGGGUUCCACUAAGCCCAGCUUCCUCUUACGAUCCAGUAGCCCAAGAUGCAGAUUUGAGUCCGACAUGGACAAUGAAUGGAACUCCAAUACCUCAAAGCAGAGAUACUCGGGGAAAGUCCAUCUGUGUGUCGCCCGCUACAGCUACAACCCCUUCGAUGGGCCCAAUGAGAACCCAGAAGCCGAGCUGCCUCUCACGGCGGGCAAAUACCUCUACAUCUACGGGGACAUGGAUGAGGACGGGUUCUAUGAAGGAGAGCUCCUGGAUGGGCAGAGGGGCCUGGUGCCCUCCAACUUCGUGGACUUCGUGCAGGACAGUGAGUCGCGGCUGGCCGGCACUCUGGGCAGCGAACAGGAUCAGAAUCUCAUCAAUCACUCAGGCAGCAGCAUGGGCGUGGAGGGCGAGCGCAUCCUGGACCUGCACUCCCCGACCCACACGGACCCGGGGGCCACCGAUGAUGGCGGGGGCUCGCUGGACAUGAACAUCGACGACAUCGGAGAAGACAUCGUGCCUUAUCCUAGGAGACUCACCCUCAUCAAACAGCUUGCCAAAAGUGUCAUUGUGGGCUGGGAGCCCCCGGUGGUGCCGCCCGGCUGGGGCACUGUGAGUGGCUACACCGUGCUGGUGGACACCGAGCCACGCCUGAGCCUCCCGCUGGGCGCCAGGACCAAGGCCCUGGUGGAGAGGCUGGACACAGCUGCCCGCACCUACCGCGUCUCUGUGCAGUGCGUCACCAGCCGGGGCAGCUCCGAUGCGCUGCAGUGCACACUGCUGGUGGGCAGGGACGUGGCGGUGGCGCCCUCACACCUGCGUGUGGACAGCGUCACACAGAUCUCGGCGCAGCUGUCCUGGCUGCCCACCAACAGCAACUACAGCCACGUCAUCUUCCUCAACGAGGAGGAGCUCGACGUCGUCAAGGCGGCCCGCUACAAGUACCAGUUCCUGGCCCUGCGGCCCAACAUGGCCUACAAGGUCCGGGUCCUGGCGCGGCCCCACCAGGUGCCCUGGCAGCUUCCGCUCGAGCAGAGGGAGAAGAAGGAGGCUUCAGUGGAGUUCUCCACACUGCCCGCAGGGCCCCCGGUCCCCCCACAAGAUGUCACUGUCCAAGCAGGGGCCACAGCAGCCACUGUCCAGGUCUCCUGGAAGCCGCCUGUACUGACCCCCACUGGGCUGUCCAAUGGAGCAAACGUCACUGGCUACGGCGUGUACGCCAAGGGGCAGCGGGUGGCCGAGGUCAUCUUCCCCACUGCAGACAGCACCCCUGUGGAGCUCGGGCGGCUGCGUGGCCUGGAGGCGAAGGCUGUGACUGUGCGGACCCUCUCUGCCCAGGGCGAGUCUGCAGACUCAGCACCAGCUCCUGUGCCCCCAGACCUCCUGGUGCCUCCAGCCCCCGCCCCCAGGGCAGUGCCCCCACCGAAGCCAUUAGCCAGCACCCCUGAUACCAAAGAUGAUCACCUGGGCUUCCACACCAAGGCGGAGACCUGGGAGCAGAGCCGGUCCCCUGCACCUGCACACGGAAACCUGCUGGAGCCGCCUGGCCUGCAGGGUGCCACCCCUGGGCGGAGGUCACCUUCACCUAGCCGCAUCCUCCCACAGCCACAGGGAGCCCCUGUGUCCACCUCCGUUGCUAAGGCCAUGGCCCGUGAGGCUGCCCAGAGGGUGGCCGAGAGCAGCAGGUUAGAGAAAAGGAGCUUCUUUCUGGAGAGGAGCAGCGCGGAGCCCUAUGCCAACUCAGAUGAGGAGGAUGGCUACGCCUCACCUGAGCUCAAGCGGAGGGGCCCGUCUGUGGAUGACUUCCUGAAGGGGUCUGAGCUGGGCAGGCAGCCCCACUGUUGUCACGGAGAUGAGUACCACACAGAAAGCAGCCGGGGCUCAGACCUGUCAGACAUCCUGGAGGAGGACGAGGAGGAGCUAUACUCGGAGAUGCAGCUGGAGGAUGGUGGCCGCCGGCGGCCCAGCAGCACCUCCCAUGGUGCCCUCAAGAUCCUAGGCAACCCAGCGUCGGCAGGACGCGCGGAGAGGGUGGAGCGCGGGAGCCGGAGGUUCCCCCACGGCGGCGCCGGUCCCCAGAGGCCCCGGCUGCCCAUCGAUGACUACACCGGGCACGACCGUCUCUCCCCAGACUUCUAUGAUGAGUCAGAGAUGGACCCGGGCUCUGAGGAGCUCCCGGCCCGAAUCUUUGUGGCUCUCUUCGACUACGACCCGCUCACCAUGUCCCCUAACCCUGACGCCGCGGAGGAGGAGCUGCCCUUCAAGGAAGGCCAGAUCAUCAAGGUGUAUGGUGACAAGGAUGCUGACGGGUUUUACCGCGGGGAGACCUGUGCCCGGCUUGGCCUCAUUCCCUGCAACAUGGUGUCCGAGAUCCAGGCGGACGACGAGGAGAUGCGGGGCCAGCUGCUGCGCCAGGGCUUCCUGCCCCUCCACACCCCGGUGGAGAAGACAGAGAGGAGCAGGAGGAGCGGCAGGCCUCACUCGGUGUCCACACGGAGAAUGGUGGCCCUGUACGACUAUGACCCACGAGAGAGCUCACCUAAUGUGGACGUGGAGGCCGAACUUACAUUCUGCACGGGAGAUAUCAUUACUGUUUUUGGCGACAUUGAUGAAGAUGGAUUUUACUACGGCGAGCUGAACGGGCAGCGAGGCCUGGUGCCUUCCAACUUCCUGGAAGAAGUGCCUGAGGACGUGGAGGUCUACCUUUCCGAUGCCCCGUCCGUCUGCUCUCAAGACCCGGCCCUGCACGCCAAGGCCAAAAGGGGCUUUCAUGACUCAAGCACUUCCUAACACCCUCCUCCUCCCCUGACACCAGUAGAGACACGCACUUGUCCACUCCAUCCACUCUAAGCCACCGGCAGAGCAGAGAGCCGCGGGGCGCUCUGUCCCCGC